GGGAGGUGCAUCCUGGGAAAUCCACCAACAUGGGGCGAAACCGCCGCCGCCGCCGCGAGCCCGGGCCGCGGAUGCCGCCGCUUCCCUGACGCCCAGCGGGGGCCUCGCCGCGCGCCGCGGCCCAGGAGCCCAGGGCACAAACUGGCCAGCGCGACCUCCGCCCGUCCGCCGCCGGGGCCAUGUGAGCGGGCGGCUCCCUCCGCCGCCGCCGCCUCCUCCUCUUCCUCCCCCCUCCCCUCCCCCUCUCCCCCUCCCCUCCCACGGGGCCCUGGAGGAGCCCCCGCUGCUGCCCGCCCUUCCUACGCCGCCCCCGCGAUGGACAGGAACUACGCGACCUCCGGCUUCGCCGACCCGCCGCCGCCGCCCGCGCCCCCCGCUGCCCCCGCCGCUUCCAGCGCCGCCGCACAACCCCCCGCCCCCGCCUGGGCCUACGAGCCCCGAGCCGCGGCGGCCGCCGCCAGCCCCAGCGGCAGCAGCGGCAGCAGCCCCAGCAUCAAGGCCAGUUUAAGCUAUGAAGAAGGACAUCCCUCACUCUCUGAAACAAAUCGCCUUCAGAGACAGACUUUUGCAGCUUCUCAUCAACUUCCUGGAUAUCCUACCACACCUCAGCCAACCGGUCUUUCUGGAAUAUUUGAUACUGGUGUGAACAGUGCCAGCACUAACACUAAGGAAUCUUCAGUAAUGAACUUUCUCUCUUCUGUUGAAUCUCAAACAGCUCAGGCUGCUUCUUCAGGAACUACUCUUUUACCACAAUUCAGGGCUCCAUCCUGGCAGACAGGUAUGCAUUCCUCAGCAGCAGCUGAACUGUUCGUUACUGGACCUUUGCCAACCACUGGAACACUUUCACCUUCUGCCCUCUCUGCUUAUCAGCAUCCCACCACCUUCAACAAUAGGAACUUUGCUACCACCUCACCUUUGGUGCUUCAGGAUUCAAGUUUUAACACUACAUCAAAUGGAAUUCUAAAUCCUCAUGACCCUUUGCUACAAAUCAAAACUUCCCAGGGAACUGUUCCAACUGCUUUGGCAUUUGAGCGCCUGGGCAGUUCUGUGUUAUGUAACAGUGUACCACCUCAGUCCUCAACAUAUCGCUCAGCUCAAGAGUCUGCACCCCAUCUUUUACAACCUCAGUUCAGUUUGUUGCCUUCAGCACUUGGGGGAACCCAGCAAAUGCCUCAAGCCUACAGUACAACUCUCUUUACUAAUUCUACUGCUUCCAUUGAAAGAGCUCUUCGAGAAUGUAGUGUUAUUAAACACCAUCAGCGGCCUUCAGGUACCCAGUCUAUUCAGGCACAACUGACUGGUUCACAGCAUUCCUUACAUAGUUAUCUAUCAAAUGCAAAUGUAGUUAAUUUUCAGGAAACAAGCAGGCAGUCAUCUUUAUCCUGUAGCCCAAUUGGAGAGUCCACUCAGGUGAGCAAUGGAGGACUGCAGCAGAAGACCUCCCAGGUAUCAGUGGAACUUGCUCAAUCUUAUUCAUCUGUAAUUCCAUCAUCAGGGUAUCCUCCUUCCACUAUAAUUGUAAAAAGCUCUUCUGCGAAGGAACCACUCACAUCAACUCAGACUCCCAAACCUCAAAGUAUAAUUCCUCCUGUGCAAACACUAAGCUAUUCCAAACCUUUACAUAACCAGAGUUCUGUAAUAUCAGGCCAAGCACAAAUUUAUUCUACAGCACAACUACCAAGCCUUUUAUCAGUUAGUCAGUCCCAAAAUUAUGGUUUAGUACAACCACAUAAUGUGCCAUCUAUUGUUCAUUCACAGGUUUAUAGAUCCAGCAAAGUUGAAAAGUUGCCAUCCUUAUAUAAAACACUGACUUUUUCUGGUUCACCUCAGACUAUAACUUCUGAAAAUCAGACACUUAAUUAUUCUUCUAAUCAGCAAGAGGUGUUAUCCUCAGUUACAAAUGAGAAUUACCCUGCUCAAACAAGAGAUCUAUCUUCAGUUAGCCAGUCUCAAAGUUACUCAUCUGGUCAUUCUCAGGGUUUAUCACCAGCUAGCCAGACACAGGUUAAUUAUUCAUCUCAAUCACAAGUUUUGUCAGUUGUUAAUCCUUCAGAAAGCUAUGCUUCGGGGCAGUCCCUAACAUUAACAGCUCCUUCUCUUUCUUAUUCUUCCGCCUCUCGGGCUCAGAGUUUGCCAGAGUCUAGCACAACUCAGAAUUAUAUUUCUAUGCACUCUUCCCAAAAUGCUCAAGCUCAAGGGUCAUCAUCUCCCCAGUCCCAAAAGUUUUUGCCUGCCAUUCAGUCAUCUUUUACGUCCUCUACUCAUUGUCAGACAUUAAAGAACAGCAUACCUUCCCCUGAUCCAAAGUCUUAUGCUGAAAGGAAACUUGACUCAAAUGUGUAUACAUCUUCAAAGCAAAAAGAUGGUUUUCCAAUGCAAGAGUUACAGGUCUUACAGCCACAAGUAUCUCUUGAGUCAUCGACCCAAAGGCUAUCUGAUGGGGAAAUUAAUGUUCAAGAAUCAACUUAUAAGGUGUCAAAGGCAGAUGACAGAUAUUCUCAGAGCGUAAUCAGAAGUAAUUCCCAUCUUGAAGAUCACGUUGUUGGGAUUGCUCUACAAAGUUCAAAAAAAGAAGAAAGUAUGGUUGGUUCAGUGACACAACUUAACCAACAAAUUGGCCAAGUCAAUAGUGCAGCAGCCCUUGAUAUUAAGAAGGCAACUGAUUUAAUGCAAACUCCACAAAUAACAUUGAAUGCUAAAGACCUAAACCAGCAGCACUCUCUUAUACAUAAGGUACAUGAUGCCAAGGUCCAGGAGCAGCAUGAUCAAAUAAUUAAUGCAUCAUCUCAGAUUCAAAUUCCAAAUCAUACUUUAGAGCAGGGCCAGCAGGCAUCUCUUCCUAAUACACAGAUCCUUUUAGAUUCUACCUGUGAUUUACAAAUUCUUCAGCAGUCAAUGCUGCAGGCAGGUUUAGGACAAGUAAAGGCGUCUUUACAAGUACAUCAUGUUCCAAGUCCUCAACAAAUAGUGCAUCCUUUUCUUCAAAUGGAUAGUCAUAUUAUUCAGAGCAAUGGUGAUCAUUCUCAGCAGCAACUCCAUACUCAGAAUUCUGAAAUUAUGAAAAUGGACCUCUCUGAGUCUUCAAAACCUUUACAACAACAUCUAACAACAAAGGGCCCUUUUAGUGAAACAAAUCAGCAUGAUUCAAAGAAUCAUUUUGUUUCCCUUGGAUCAAUAUGUUUUCCAGAGGCAAUUCUUCUCAAUGAUGAAAGAAAUAUUUUAUCAAAUGUGGAUGAUAUCUUAGCAGCUACAGCAGCAGCUUGUGGGGUUACACCUGAUUUUUCCAAGUCAACUUCAAAUGAAACCAUCCCAACUGUUGAAGAUGGUAAUUCUAAAUCUCAUUUUCAGCAGUCAUUAGAUGUCGGGCAUGUAAGUUCAGAUUUUAACUCUAUAACAGCUACAGGAGGAAAGCCACAGAAUAUAAAUGAUAUUUCCUUAAAUGGAAAUCAAGUUACGGUAAACCUUUCACCAGUAUCUACCCUUCAGUCAAAAAUAACACUUGAUCAACAGCACAUUGAAACACCAGGUCAAAAUAAAGCAUCUAAACUAACUUCACCAGUGACUGGACCAAGUCAUGAAGUCCAGGAGCAAAGGUCUGGCCCAUUCAAGAAACAGCCUGCUACCAAUCAUGACUUUGAAGAUGAUUGUGAAGUUCCUGUUGAUAGUUCAUUAAAUAACAGAAACCAAGAGUUCGUUUCCAGUAGUAGAAGUAUAAGUGGAGAGAGCGCUACAUCGGAGAGUGACUUCACCUUAGGGGGUGAUGACAGUGGUGUGUCAGUGAAUCUGACAAGGAGUGCACUUGCACUGUUGGCCAUGGCCCAACCUGGGGAGGCAAUCAGUGUCAAGAUUGAAGAAGAAAACCAAGAUUUACUGCAUUUUAACCUUCAGAAGAAGAAAACUAAAGGGAAAGGGCAAACUAAAGAGGAAGAGAACAGUAAUCUGAAACAGCUGAAAAGACCUAUCCAAGGCAAACGCCAGAAUUCAAGGGGAACAGAUAUAUAUUUGCCAUAUACUCCUCCUCCCUCAGAAGGCUGCCAUGAUGUUUAUCAGCAUCAAGAAAAAAUGAGACAGAAGAUCAAAGAAGUAGAGGAAAAACAGCCAGAAGUCAAAACAGGAUUUAUUGCCUCUUUCUUAGAUUUUCUGAAAUCUGGGCCCAAGCAACAGUUUUCCACUCUUGCUGUACGAAUGCCUAACAGGACUAGACGACCAGGGACCCAGAUCGUUCGUACAUUUUGUCCCCCACCAUUUCCAAAGACUUCAUCUACAAUACCCACACCUUUAGUGUCUGAAACGGGGGAUAACAGUCCAUCAGAAAAAGUUGAUAAGGAACUUAAAAACUUAGAACAUUUAUCUUCAUUCUCAUCUGAUGAAGAAGAUUCUGGAGUAUGCAGUCAGGAUAUUUAUAAAAGCACCCCUACUACCUUAACUACUUUGGAUACUACUUCUGAUAAAAAAAAGGAAACAGUUUCAGAAGCCCUACAGGUGGUAACUACUAGCCUAACUGCCAAUACUACUGGUACUUCUACUUCCUCCACCUCUGUGGGUACAAUUAAGCAAGAACCUUUCUACUCUACUUCAUCUGCAGUAAAUAUCCUGGAAAAUAAAGGCUCUACAGAACUCCCAAAGCCCAUCGAACUUGAUGGUCUUCCUUCAGACCAAUUUGCAAAAGGACAAGACACUAUUGCCAUAGAAGGUUUUACAGAUGAUGAGAACACAGAAAGUGGAGGAGAAGGCCAAUACAGAGAGCGUGAUGAGUUUGUGGUAAAGAUAGAAGACAUAGAGACUUUUAAGGAGGCUUUAAAAACAGGAAAAGAACCGCCAGCUAUUUGGAAAGUACAGAAAGCUUUAUUACAGAAGUUUGUUCCUGAAAUUCGAGUUGGGCAAAGAGAAUUUGCUGCUACAAAUAGUUACCUUGGAUAUUUUGGAGACGCAAAGAGUAAAUACAAAAGGAUAUAUGUGAAGUUCAUUGAAAACACAAACAAAAAGGAAUAUGUCAGAGUGUGUUCCAAAAAGCCAAGAAGUAAGCCUUCACAAACUAGCAGAACUGUUCAGGCGAAGCCUAGUAAUAGCAGUAAAACUUCUGAUCCUCCAACACCAAAAACGACUACAAAAGCCCCUUCCAUGAAACCCAAAGGUAAACAGCUCAAAGUAAAGGCUGAGCCACCACCAAAGAAACGAAAGAAAUGGAAAGAAGAAUUUUCAUCAUCCCAGUCUGAUUCAUCUCCUGAGGUCCAUUCUAGUAGUAGUAAUGAGGAAUUUGAUCCUCCAGCUCCCUUUGUCACUCGUUUUUUGAACACAAGAGCAAUGAAGGAAACCUUUAAGAGUUACAUGGAAUUGCUUGUUAGCAUUGCUUUGGACCCUGACACAAUGCAAGCCUUAGAGAAGAGCAAUGAUGAGCUACUUUUGCCACAUAUGAAAAAAAUAGAUAGCAUGCUGAAUGAUAACCGAAAGAGACUUCUUUUGAAUCUUCAUUUGGAUCAAUCAUUCAAGAAUGCUUUGGAAAGUUUUCCUGAACUAACAAUAAUUACUCGAGACUCUAAAGCAAAAAGUGGGGGAUCUGCUGUUUCUAAAAUCAAAAUGAAUGGCAAAGCUUAUAAUAAGAAAACUCUAAGGACUUCUAAAACAACCAUUAAAUCUGCACAAGAGUUUGCUGUUGAUCCAGAGAAAAUACAGCUAUAUUCUUUGUAUCAUUCACUCCAUCAUUAUAAAUAUCAUGUUUAUCUGAUAUGUAAAGACGAGAUCUCUUCUGUGCAGAAGAAAAAUGAAGAUUUAGGACAAGAAGAAAUUGUUCAGCUUUGUAUGAAAAAUGUAAAAUGGGUAGAAGACCUAUUUGAAAAAUUUGGAGAACUUCUAAAUCAUGUACAGCAGAAAUGCUUCUAACAUUUCCAGAAAAUUUUCAUCUGUUUUGUAGCACUAAUGAAAUGGUGGAGGGAGUGAUCAAAGUUGGUCUAGAACAGUGGUUCUCAACCUUCCUAAUGCCGCGACCUUUUAAUACAGUUUCUCAUGUUGUGGUGACCCCCAAUUUCAUUGUUACAAAUUGAAGAUAAUGAAAGCCUAGUGAUUCAUCACAAAAACAAUAUGUAAUUUUAUAUGUCUUUUCCGAUGGUCUUAGGAGACCCCUGUGAAAGGGUCAUUCGACCCCCAAAGGGUCGUGACCCACAGGUUGAGAACCGCUGGUCUAGAGCCUUGGAUAAUCAAAUGUCAAGUAGUGAUCUCCUGCAGGCACACCUGCUCUGGCCAUAGAACUUGCUUGCAUCCUGACCUCUGCUGAAGGACAGUGGUGCUGCCAAGGAAGUCAGUCCUUCGAAAAUGGACCUACGUCCCACCACAUUUUUAUCCUAAUGAAUGAUUUUUCUAUUUUGUAAACCAUUUGGUAACUGAGUUUUAUUUUCAGAAAUGUUUUUUGACAAAUGAUGAAGCAUGCACUAAAUAUUUUUCUUUAUUGUUAGGUAACACUUAAGUAGCUUGAUUAUUUUUUCCUGACUCUGACUAAACACCAGAAUGAUAGAAAGGUGGCAGAAAUCAUAUGUUUGUAUUCAUGUCUGGCCACAAAACAGAAAGUAUUGUACAUGUGUAAACAGAUCUGGUGUGCUAUGACAUUCUGUAUGAGAAUAUCAUCAAUUUAAAAUAUAAAAUUCAGAAACUGCAUUCUGCUUUACAAACUCCUUUUACUCUUAACAUGUUCAGGAAACUGGAUGUGGAAUUGGUGCAAUUCUAUGACUGCUUUUUGUGUCAAAUUAUAUUGUGAUAAAAAACAACAACAAUGACAUACUAUCUUCCUUAUCUCGAAGAAAAGUAUUUUCCUUUAUACUGUUUUUUUUUCCUUUGGAAAAAAAUUUCAAUUGUACAUUUUAUUUCACUAAUAGUUGUAUUUUUCACAAGGAAAAUGUUGUGAUUAUAACUGUUUGAUGUACCUGUACUACACUUUUUGUUUUCAGUAAAUCUUAUUUAGUUAUAUGUUGAAUUUCAAUUGUGAAUUCUAUCUUGAGGUAACCUUUUUUGUUUAUACAGAUUUGCUUCAGUGUUAUCCAGAAUAUGCAUUCAGUACUAGAAUUAGUUUAGCUUUAUAAUGGGGUUGUGUUAGACACUGCUGUAAUUUUCUGAUUCAUGAAAAUAAAUUUCUUACUAAACAAGCAUUGGAUUAACUGAUUUGUUGAAACGAAAAUCUAACCACUUUAUACAUUUUAAAGAAUAAAAUUUAUAAUUAGAUUACAUGCAUGCAGUGUUAAACACAGCCUACCUGACUCUCAGAACUGGAAGUGGUAGAGCUCUCCUUGGUGCCUUUCCAACCUUUAUACAUGCUAUCAUAGCUAGUUAAUUUGUCAAUUUGUCAAGUACUUUAGCUGAGAGACAGUGAAUGUAUUAGGUUCAACAUGACCUUGUGUUUUUUGUGUUUGCCAACUGGAUGCCUUAUUUGUUUGAGAAAAAGAUUUAAUAGUGUCCUUCUAAAUCUCCUUUUUUAGGAUUCUAAAUAACUUGUUAAUCAUCAUACUUUUGUUUAUUUUACUACCAUUUAGUGCCUUAAGUCCUAUCAAGAAAGCAGUGUUACUGCUCAAUGCCCAAAUAAGAUGUGCUUAUGUAGCUAAUGCUAUUGUCUUCAUUUUGAGUUAACAGGCUAACUUCUUAUAAUUAAAAACCUAAGUAAACUGGCAAAGAAUUGAAGGUAACAUGUGACUUGAUUUGGGAAUAAAACGUAGCAUUGAGUGAAAAAUGAGUAUUGAGUUAACCUUACAUAUUUAUUUCUGAUGGUUAUCUUUUUAAAAGCAAUAAUCCUUAAUUCAACAAUCUUUGUACCUGCCAUUAGACAAGAUACUCAA